CAGGUGCGCUCAGCCGGUGACCGGCCGCCGCUGCAGACCCGAGCGCCGCGGCCGCGACCUCGGCCCUGCUCGCCGCCGCGCACCCGAGCUUCGCCGCGCCCACCGCCCAGCGAGUCCCGCGGCCGCCGCCCCGGAGCUUCGAAAAAAUGGCCAAGAGAAUUGCUGAGAAGGAGCUGACAGAUCGGAAUUGGGAUCAAGAAGACGAAGCCGAAGAGGUGGGAACAUUCUCAGUGGCCAGUGAGGAAGUCUUGAAGAAUAGAGCCAUAAAGAAAGCAAAGCGUAGAAAUGUUGGAUGUGAAUCUGAUGGUGGAGGGGCCUUUAAAGGCUUUAAAGGGCUGGUGGCACCUUCUGGAGGAGGAGGGUUUUCUGGAUUCGGUGCUUGUGUUGGAGGGAAGCCUUUGGAAGGACUGUCCAAUGGAAACAGCAUGACAGGUGCCCCACUCUUCAGUGCGAGAGCUGCCACCGAGACCAAGGUGGCCUUUGGAUCUGUUGCUGCAAAUGGCCCCGCCUCCUUGGUUGAUAAUAAGAUUUCAAACCCCAAAAGGAAUGGUGACAGUCAGUCCUCUGGUCUUUCCUCGAGCACCACUCACCAAGGGAACGCCUACCACAAGCAGCUGGCGGCCUUGAACUGCUGUGUGCGGGACUGGAUCGUGAAGCAUGUGAACGCGAACCCGCUGUGCGACCUGACGCCGGUCUUUAAAGACUAUGAGAACUACUUAGCGGGCAUUGAGCAGCAGCUUGGUGACAGCGGGAGCGGCGGCUCCGAAAGGAAACCCAGCAAAAUGUCCCUCGACUCACAGUCUCCCUCCCUGUUUGGUUCAACAAAGUCACAGCAAGAGUCAACAUUUUUGUUUCAUGGGGAUAAAACUUCGGGCACCUCUGAAAAGAAGACAGAGGCUGUGCCUGAGAAAAAGGGGGACCCAUCACUAGGAGCGACAAGUGCCUCGUUUAAUUUCGGCAAGAAAAUUGAUGGUUCUGUUUUGGGCUCCUUAAACUCUGGCCCCCUGGCUGGGUUUUCAUUUCCUUCUGGAAACUCCAGUUUAUUUGGCAAAGACAUUACCCAGAGUAAGCCCGUUCCUUCACCAUUCUCCGUGCCAGCACCGGAGGGCCUGGCCGGGGGCGGCAGUGCCGGCUGCAAAGGUGGAGAUGAAGAAGAAAAUGAUGAGCCGCCCAAAGUAGUAGUUACUGAGGUCAAAGAAGAAGAUGCUUUUUACUCCAAAAAGUGUAAACUUUUUUACAAGAAAGACAAUGAAUUUAAAGAGAAGGGUGUAGGUACUCUGCAUUUAAAACCUACAGCGAAUCAGAAGACACAGCUGUUGGUGCGGGCAGACACCAACUUAGGCAACAUAUUGCUGAACGUCCUGAUCCCACCCAACAUGCCGUGCACCCGGACCGGGAAGAACAACGUGCUCAUCGUCUGCGUGCCCAACCCCCCGGUGGACGAGAAGAACGCCGCCGCCCCCGUGACCAUGCUGAUCCGGGUCAAAACCAGCGAGGACGCGGACGAGCUGCACCAAGUCCUCCUGGGGAAGAAGGACGCCUAGCCCGCCCCCCUGAGUCAGGUUGCUUCUUCCGUUGACGUUCUGAGAACUUUUAGAUAACUUACAGCCUGUGAGCAAGAUUAAUAUGGCCAAUAAACCUUUACUGUUUAGUGUUAAGAACUGUCUAAUGUGUAAACUACAUUUGAAAGAAAUUUUGGUAUUUUUAAUGUUCAUUUAUUAAAUUAGCCACAAGUGAUUUCUUAAUGGACUGAAAUCAGGGUAGUGAUCGAUUUCCCAAAGCUUUUCCCACCCGUGGGUUUGGGCGAGGCUCAAGAGGGUGGGUGUUCAGAGGAGCCUGGCCCUACCCUCCCGCCCACUGGGCGAGGCUGGGCCGGGGGGACAGCGCCCCUCCCAGGUGAAGCGCUGCCCUGCUGGCGGGGGUGUGCUUGCUUUAAGUGUUCUUCUAGAGCUGCAGCGCGGGUCCUGAAGGUCACCCUCUGCCGGGCUGCUCAGCAGACGUGGCCUUGCCCCUGCAGGCUGCUGGGCAGGACCCAGAACUGCUUUUCUUUUUACAGGAAACAAGGACUGUUCUUUAGUUGUGGAGUGUGAUUCAUGAGAUGCUGUUACUUCUGUGUCCCCUCAUGACACAUGGUUAAGGGGGGUUGCCAGGGAUGAGAUUUAAAAGCACAAAUUUGGUCACUUAUACUUUGAAAAUCAUCCUACAGCAGAAAGUGAAUGUGCUUGUACCACGCGAGCCCUGCGGGUCUACAACCACCUACUGCUUACGCCCUAGGAACCCACCAGGAAAGCGGGGGAAAGCGUGUGUGUAAAUGCUGCCUUUACCUUGGACGCCGGGAUAUUCCAUAUUCCCAUCAAGUUCCAGUUCCUUUCUGAGUGAGGUUGUUCAGGGUGCCCCCGGGGAGGGGGGUGCCAUUGGCACAGGCGUGCCACGCUGCUUCCCCACGGCUGUCGGGCAGCUCACACCAGCUUCCCUCAGACAGCAUGUGAGAGACGGGCUUUGGAGGUUGACAUGCCGGUGUUGCUGACUGGUUAGCGCCGGCAUCAGGCGAACUUGUUUAAGGCUCGGUUGGUGCCUGAGGGCUCACACUGUGUGCUCUGACCUUCAGCACAUCUUCUGACUUAGAAAAGAGGAGUCAAAUAAUUGGAGCUAGCGUAGUUUUUUAAAAAAACAAGCUACAAUUUUUAGAUGUAAAGGGGGCGGGGAAACAUGAUCAAAUAGAAUAAAUAUUGGAGGCCAGGUGGCUGGACCAAUGUUUGCCAUGAGAUUCCUGCACUGCUCUGUUUGUUAACUGCACGGGCGCAUCGGCCAGGGUGACGGGAUGAACGCGCAGACAGGCGUGCUUGCUGUGAUGGGUGUGGGCCAGCUCGUCUCCUGCGACCCAGGCAGAAGCAACAGUGGUUUUUGCAUUUACUGCUUAGAAUUGAGAUUAUUCAUGUGCUCUGGUUACAGAUGAUUGAUAAUAAACAAGCUGUUUAUUAUGGAUGCUGUGAGUGGCCCUGCCCCUGCCCCUGCCCCGGGCACAUAGGCUCUCUGUGUGUCCCGCUGUCAAGAUGAGGAAGUACAGCCCCGCCCGGAACAGCCGAGUCAGCAGGGAACAGGUGGUCAUGGUGCAUCGUUGUUAGCUUUUUUUUUUUUUUAAGUUGGGAUCAUAAUUUUAAUCGUUAGCUUUGGUGUGACUGGCGAGAUGCGCCACGGCAGGGCCGCGGGAACACCUGUGAAGGUGGUUCGCUUACGUCUUUCAAACCAGUGGUGGAUAUGUGUGCUUCUCUCCUAACAUUCCCAGCAAAUUCUUGCUGCUAAGACUCACUGUUAAAGUGAAAAUUACAGGGAAAAGUGUGAUGUGUGUACCAUAACUCAAAAUGUGAUAUUUUCUUACAAUUCUUACGCUUCAGGAACUUGUUGGUCUCCACUUUAAAUAGGUGCUGGGUACCGGCGCCUGGGAACGUGCGGAUUUCACUGUACCCCGACCUCCUCGCCUGUGGCCUGGGGAGGCUGGCCUUUCCUCCCCAUUGCGGGACAGCCACACCCUCCCCGUGCGGUCAUGCCCAUCCUUAACAAAGUGUUAGAAAUGAGUCUUUAAAAUGUUUGAAUGUGGACUGAAAUGUUCAGUUUUGCUUUAAGAUCCUAUAAAGUGUAUUAUGUAUGUGGCCUACAGUUAGUGUGUAUAUCUUUCGUUCUGAAUCAGGUAUUGUUGCAUCUUGACAAAUACUGAGCAUCCCAGCGGCCUUUUCCACACUGGUGUGUCCUUCUCAACCUUUUGAGCCUCCCCAGUAGGCGAAACACCGCUGCGGGCUCCUUCUGUUAGACUUACAGACGGAAGAUGUGUGUCCAGGUGUUUUUUAAUUUCAGAGAGAGGAAGGGAGAGGGAGAGAGAUAGAAACAUCAAUGGUAAUAGAAAAUCACUGAUUGAGUAUCAAGCCCAAAACCCAGGCACAUGCCCUGACCAGCAAAAAUACUGUGAUCUCUUGGUUCAUGGGUCCACACGCAACCACUGAGCCACACCGGCCGGGAGCGUCCAGGCUUUAAAGAAGUUUAGGUUGUUUCCUGGGAAGAACGAGUCCGACUGUUUAGGAACUGGUUUUCUUUAAAAGGAUGGCCGUUUUACAACUUUACUCCAGAUCCUACUUUUGAUGCGCUGCAUGCCAGAAUACCUACCUACUAUCGCAUCUUGCUCUUAGUUCAGACCAGUGCUCACUGAGAAAGAUGGGGGUGUGUUUGGGGGCAUCUGUCAGUCAUUCUGGAACAGCCCACAUGCAAGCGCAGUGCACUCGAGGCUUCAUACACCAAGCGGCUCCCAGCCCCGUGUCCAUUCUCCUUCUGAAAGUGAGAAAUGGACAAGCUUUCGAGGAGAAACGGGGUUGUCCUGUGCUGCCUGCAGGGACAGGGAGACUCUUGGCAAACUGGUCUCAGCCCCGUGCUGAGCACAAGGCGCUGGGAAGUACUUGGCCUUGGACGGGAGGCUUUCCCAGACCAAUUGUAACGGAGAUGAAAGCUUCCUUCCUAGCAAUCAGGUGGAUACAGUGUUUGCUUUCUAUUUUAAGUAGGAAACGUUUUUAAAUACUUGAAUUGUCGGCCCAUGUAAUCCGUUUGUGUUAGUUUUUGAAUGAUCCCAUUGAGGACUUGUAACAAUCCACGAAAUGUGAAUAAAUGGAGAGGAAACAA